CACUUUCUUUUGCUGUGCCCCAGUUUUGCCUCGUGAUUCAGUUCAGAACCUAAAACUUCACAAUGACUCAAAUUAGGGACAACGAUCAUCAAUGAAGAAGUUUCGAAUUCCUCCCUCCAAUUUAAAGCUUAUCCAAAUCUUUGACCACAGGCCACUUUAGAUCUCAGGUUACAAAUACGUGAAGCGGGUUUGACGAAGGCAGUCUUUUGCCUGUUUUAGUGUGUCUAAUACAGUGUGGUUGGACAUGAUCAUAUCUGUGUCGAAUGCGUCAGUAUAAAUUUUGGAAAUCCAAAGCUUGUUUUGGCAGUGUUUGCACCAGACCAACGGAGCAUCAACAGAAUUGUCUGAGUCAUACAAAAGCUUUCUGAAAGAUGAAGUCCAAACAGCUAUCUUCACUCACUUGCCUACUCUUUGUGAUCUGCUGCUGUCUUGGUGGAAAUAUCCUGGUGUGGCCUGAGGAUUGCAGCCACUGGGUGAACAUGAAAGUCAUUUUGAGAGAACUCCACAGCCACAGUCAUAGCCUUACCGUGGUGCGUUCGUCUAAAAGUUGGUAUAUCCAAGAGAAUUCUUCCCUCUACAGCACCAUCACGGUCAACCCAAUGGACACCAAAGAUGUGGGCCCUGACUACUUCAAGAUGUUGAUAGAGAGGUCACUGGAGCUACAAAGGAUGUCGCCUUUCUUCAGUUUCUUGAAUCAGCAGAAAGAUAUCGCCAAUGUCCUAAAGGUAUUUCACAAUGGAGCGCUUCGAAUGAUUUCUGCCAUUUUGGACGAUGCAGCGCUUGUUAAACGCUUGCGAGAAGCUAAGUUUGACCUGCUGCUAACAGAUCCUGCGUUCCCAGCCGGUGUCCUGUUGGCCAAAUUCCUACACCUCCCCAUGGUUUACAAUGUACGUUGGCUAAAUGCAGGAGAUGCUCACAUGCAAAUUGCACCCUCACCUCCGUCCUACGUGCCAAUGUACAAUUCAUUGCUCCAUGACCAAAUGAACUUCCUACAGCGGACUGAAAAUUUCCUACGGUAUCUGUUUAGCCUUCUCCAGGAGCGAUACAUCAUCGUGCCCAUUUACAGUGAACUGCUUGAACACCAUUUCCCGCCCGGCACUGAUCUUUUGUCAAUGCAGCAGUCUGCUGACAUUUGGUUGAUGAGAAUGGACUUUGUUUUUGAGUUUCCACGGCCCUCCAUGCCUAACGUUGUCUACAUGGGCGGCUUUCAAUGUCAGCCGGCUCAAGCACUUCCUGCAGAGCUGGAAGAGUUUAUGCAGAGCUCUGGGGAGCAUGGAGUAGUCUUCAUGUCCUUGGGAACAGCAGUCGGCGCUCUUCCUACAGCGAUCACAGAGACCAUUGCUACAGCCUUUGCUCAGAUCCCUCAGAAAGUCUUGUGGAAGUACCAUGGGGAACGACCCUCGACUCUGGGAAACAACACUUUACUUCUAGAGUGGUUUCCUCAGAAUGAUCUACUGGGCCAUCCAAAGACUCGUGCGUUUGUAUCUCAUGGGGGCACCAAUGGUAUAUACGAAGCUAUUUACCAUGGAGUCCCCGUCUUAGCUUUGCCGCUCCUCUUUGACCAGUUUGACAACGUUCUGCGACUGCAGGUUCGAGGUGCGGCUCGAGUUCUUCAAGUCGCAACACUUACAUCACAAGAAUUUCUCGAAGCCCUCAAAGACCUCCUCGAGAACCCGCUGUACCGAAGCAGUGUCCGCAAACUGUCAGAGCUGCACCGCGAUCAACCCUUGACUCCUCUUGAAAGCGCCACUUUUUGGAUUGAGUAUGUUAUUAGACACAAAGGAGCAGCUCACCUUCGCCCAGAGGGGAAUAACUUGCCUUGGUACUCUUAUCAUAGCCUAGACGUGUUGGCUUUUCUACUGACAUUCACUGUAAUUGCACUUUUGACCUCAAUAUAUGUUUGCAAGCUUUUGUGUUGCAGGAAGUCAAUCAAAAAGAGGAAGGUGGAAUGAAUUGAGUUUGAACAUUUGAUAUGUACUUUUUGAAAAGCUGAUGAAACAAUGAAUUAAAUGCAGCAGCCAAAUAUUAGAUCUUUUUGCAUAUCUGACUUCAAAACAUGUACUGCUAAAGUCAUUCCUGUAGCAUGGUGCUAGCAACACCAAGGUCAUGGGUCCUAUUUCCAGGGAAAGCAUGCACUGGUCAAAUGUAUACCUUUGAAUGCAAUGUGAUUUGCUUUGGAUAUAAGUGUCUACUAAAAUGCAUGAAUAUAAUAUGUAAAUGGAAAAUCUCACACUUGGUGAACCUGAGUUUGUUUUAUUACUAUGACAACCAGUGUUUACAAAAACAACUGUAGAAUGGGGGGGAAAAUCAGAUCUGGCCAGAACUUGUAAAUGCAAUGCCAGAAUAUUGUUUAACAAUACUUUAGGAUUAUCAGUACCAGAUGAGAUUUGUAUGUUUCUAAUUUUAUGGUUAUGACUAAUCAAACUCAUGUAAAUUGAAUAAUGAAGUAUAGCCAUCUUUGUACUUUUUUGUGCACUAAAUUCUUACAAACUGUAUGCUGUUCUUUUUGUGGUGUAUUCGCCAAAUCCUCAACACUUUAUAUGUUCUUUAAUCAACGUAAUAUAGUGUCUGUAUAGAAGCCAACAACAUGUAUUUCCAUGUCAGCCUUGAUAUUGUUCCCCCUCCCACUGUGAAUGUGUUUUAAAUCAUCAUUAAAGGUUCAAUCGGCAA